AUGGAUAUGGAUAUAGACGAGACGACCUUGCGUCUAGUUAUCGAGCUUCAGCUACAAGACAUUGAGAGCCUUGCCGUGUCCACCAAGGGUAAGCAGCGCGAGGGACAGCAACCAGACAGUAUCCGAGUACAUGCCGGCGGAAGUGUUAAUAACACGCUGGGUCGUUCGCGAAGUAACUCCAUGCAGAGUUCCCUUUCGCACGUGGACAAUGAGUUGUUUGAGAAAAUGCUCGCUCUCAGCGUGCGUGACGAGCCAGGAGAGUCAUCGCAAUGGGCUGCCUCGAGAAAACAGGAACUGGGUCAGUGUGACGUCUGCACCGAACAACGCACAGCCCAUCUUAUCACCGAGCUACCCUGCGAUCACAAGUACUGUCAAGAUUGCGUCGUCCGGCUCUACACCGACGCCUUGACCGGCGAGUCUCUCUUUCCACCACGCUGUUGCAGACAACCAAUCCCAAUUGAUCUCGCCAAGCCUCUACUCCCUCCGAGGCUUGUUGGCAGGUUCAGGGCCAAAGAGCAGGAGUUGAACACUCCUAACCAUACAUGUCCCAACUGCAAAGCGACGACUUGUGUGACUUGCAAAGCUGCCGCGCAUCAGGGCGAGGACUGUCCAAGUGACGAGACUACUCAGCAGCUUCCAGAACUCGCCCAGCAGCAAAGUUGGCGACAAUGCUACUCCUGUCAUCGGCUUGUGGAGUUAAAUCUCGGCUGCAAUCACAUCACUUGCAAGUGCAAAGCCGAAUUCUGUUACGAGUGCGGACGCAGGUGGAAGACGUGCCGCUGUGAGCACUUUCGCGAAGACAGGCUGAUUGCUCGCGCCGAUGCAAUCAUCGAUCGAGACCCCCAUGCUGCAAACUUGACCGGUCAGCCCCGAGAAGAAAGGCGACGACGAGAGAUGCGUAAUUUGGUUCAGAACUACGAGUGUUACCAUCGGAAUUGGACGUAUCGUGGCGGCGGGCACCAGUGUGAGGAAUGCCACGACUGGCUUCCCAAUUACAUUUUUGAGUGCAGACAGUGUCGUAUUCAGGCGUGCAACAGAUGUCGCCACAAUCGCCUAUGA